AGGCAGUGGGCUCCGAGUCAACUGGUAUGACCGCGGGCACUGGGUCAGACAUUGGAUCGUCUGACUGGACAGCGGGCAUCGGGUCACCAGGCAUCAAGUCAUUUGGCUUGACAGCGAGCACCGCGUCAUCUGGCAAGGCAGUGGGUUCCGAGUCAACUGGCAUGACCGCGGCACUGGGGCAGACAUUGAAUCGUCUGGCUGGACAGCGGGCAUCGGGUCACCAGGCAUCAGGUCAUUUGGCUCGACAGCGGGCACCGCGUCAUCUGGCAAGGCAGUGGGCUCCGAGUCAACAGGCACGACAGUGGGCACCGGGUCAUCAGGUACCGGAUUGUCUGGCUCGACAGCAGGCAUCGGUCACCAGGCAUCAGGUCAUUUGGCUUGCCAGCGGGCACCACGUCAUCUGGCAAGGCAGUGGGCACCGAGUCACCAGGUACGACAGCGGGCUCUGAGUCAAUUGGCACGACAGCGGGCACCGGAUCAGGUACCCGGAUCAUCUGGAUCAACAGCGGGCAUCGAGUCAACUGGC